GUUGGGUUGGAUGGCAAUUUUCCCGCGCGAAUUUUCUACUUGAGGGCUUGAGUCCUGAGAAGAAGGAACCCUAAUCUCCAAGCGACAGGAGCUGUGCAGCCGGAGAUCGAAUAUGGAGAGAGAAGACGACGACGAGUCGGUGAGCGAGCUGUUAAGAGAUCGUUUCAGGCUGUCCUCUAUCUCUAUCGCUGAAGCCGAAGCGAAGAGAAACGACAUGGAAGUAACCGAACCCGUAAUGGCUUGCAUUGCCGAUUUGGCCUUCAAAUAUACAGAACAGUUGGCAAAGGAUCUUGAACUAUUUUCACAGCAUGCUGGUCGUAAAUCUGCAAACGUGGAAGAUGUCAUACUUUCCGCACAUAGAAAUGAACAUCUAGCUACGGCGUUGAGGUCAUUUUGGGAUGAUCUGAAAUCUAAAGAACCUCAAUCUGAGAGGAAGCGAAAGAAACCACCCAGAAAGGAAGAGAAAGCAACUACCAGUACAGUGCAUAUUCUUGAUGGUUAGCUGAGAAAUUCGACUGGUAAAGCAUAUACUAUUUUGAGUCUUUGAUUACCAUAAAACGACCAAAUUAGACAUUAACUCCUUGUUAUCAACAUUUCGAAAACAACCAUGUCGAAACAAUUGGUGAAUAUCUGACCUAUUCUUCCUACAUAAUUCUGCAUUAUGUGCCGAAGAAUGUUGUACGUAUAACUUUCUGAUUUUUUGGAUUAACUAAAACUUUCUGACGAGUGAUGACUUUAUUGUUGUAGAGAUUACUGAUAUUGGAAAACCUAUGGGUCUGUUUUUGUA